GCCAACAACCACCGGAUAGUCUAGCAAAAGUACAAACUGCUGCCUCAGUCGUUGGUUGCACAAUGGCGUGCUCGGAUCGUGUUUACUUGUUCUCCUGCCGCCGACGUUUCUGAGCGGAGGUCGGCCCAACGUUGGUCCGUCCGUUGCGCGGAUUAUCAAAUUAUUUCCGCUCCUAUUAUUGUUUUCAAAACAAAAAUUCUCCACUCCACUCAGAAUAAAUCCUCACACUGAUAUUACCAUUCAAAGUGUCACUCUGUGAGAUUUUUCCAAAAACAAAACGAGAAAUAAAUUCAAAAAAAAAAGAGGAGAUUCCCCAUUUACGCGGGAUAAUAUUGUGAAAAUAACGUGAGGGGAAGAAGAACAACAACGGUCGUGAAUCAACGUUUUGGAUCCUAACCAACCCCCGUUCAGGAACAUAAUCGGCAAAUAAUGGUUUUUUAUUGUGAUAUCGAUGAGAAAUUACCGAGUCUUUUUUAGAGCGAAAUUAAAGGACCUAUUCAUCCGGGUGACUCGACAUUAACGGUCAGUCAUCUCUCUCUCUCGAAGAUCUCCUUCCGUCCAAGGAUUCCAUUGAGAUUCCACAUAAGCGCACAAAAGCCACAUUUGCAAGAAUCAAUCAAACAAAUUUCACCAUUGACGAAGAAAUCUCCUUCAUACCCACACACAUCAUUAUCAAAACAAAAACCACCCAAGUGUUCGUGUUUUUAUACCUAAACUACUAGCUCUGAAAUCAACAAUUCUAUCGAAUUUAAAAGUGAAUAAUUUUUUUUUUUUUAAAGAUACACCGCAUUUUUAUAUUUAUUGUGGUGUUUUUAGUUUUCUUUUCUCGUUAGUCAUUUUAUAUAUUGAAGAAAAGAAGAAAACGAAGAAAAAAAAGGUUGUGAAUAUAAUAGAGAAAUAAGUGUAAAAAAAAAGUGACGUGAAUUGUGUUGCUUUAUUAAACGUGCAACAUGAGAGUGGCUGUGAGCAGACAGGAUCCCUAUCAUCUACAAGUGAGUCGUACGAGUACUGGAAAAUUUCUGGUUAGAAAUUACCAGGAUGUACCACAAUCAAAAAACAGUGAAGAAACACCGGUUGCACCAGUUGUAUUCUCCAGCUGUGAACCAGUUAAUACUGAUCAUCAAGGACCAACGAUCCUUGGCGAUCGAUUUCUUCUUCUUGAUGCGGCAGCUGAAGGCAGCGCAUUGUACAGAUGUGUCGAUGUAAAAACUGGUCAACAACUCAUUGCAAAGGCCCUGACACCGGGAGAUAAGGGAGAUGAAGCUCUCUUGCAAGCGCACUUGCGGCUGGAUGGUACUGGAGCCACGAGCGGAAUAGCAGGUGUGGUGGAUGUACCAGGAGGUCGACGAUACCUUCUCCUCGAGGGUCACUACGGCGACCUACACGCCUACGUGAGGGCGCGUAGAAGGCUACGGGAACCGGAGGCGCGGAGACUUUUCCGUCAAGCCGCCAGGGCCGUAGCCAAGUGCCACGAGAAAGGAGUUGUUCUCAGGGAUCUUAAACUUAGGAAAUUCGUCUUUACCGAUGAAACUCGAACACGUCUUCGACUCGAGAGUUUGGAAGAUGCAGUGAUCGUGGAGGAUUUAGACGACAAGUUGACGGAUCGUCGCGGAUGUCCGGCUUACGUGGCGCCGGAAGUUCUGUGUUCAGGACGAGCUUACUCCGGAAAGGCAUCUGACAUCUGGUCGUUGGGAGUUUUACUUUUUACAAUGCUCGUUGGUCGUUACCCCUUUAAUGGAGCUGAGCACGCAUCAUUAUUCGCAAAGAUAUCGCGUGCCCAAUUCCUAAUACCAGAGGGUCUCAGCUCUAGAGCAAGAUGUUUAAUUCGCACCCUAUUGAGAAGGGAUCCAACCGAGAGGCCCGAUUCUGAAGAUGUCAUUCGACAUCCCUGGCUGACGAGGCCAAUAAAAUCAUCAGGAAGAUCAUCACACGACCAGCUCGUUCCAGAGCCAACCAAUAAUUCUCAAGACUGAUUUUUAUCCAAGAGAGAAUAAUUCCACACGCCUCAAAACUGCGUUAAAUUUAUAUUAUUUCAAUCAGACUUCUUUUUUCCAAGUAUUUCCAAUUCAACAAAAAAUUACAUCUUUAUUUUUUAUUUCUUCUCUUUGUACAUUUGCAUUUUUCCUGCUUUGUCACCGAAAGCUUUUUUAAAUAUAAUAUAAUAGGUAUACAUAUUAAUAAUAAUUUUCAAAGCAUUAAAAUUUCAAAUGUACUCGAGAUCUCAAUUUUGAAGAAAAAAUAUAAAACUUUUCAAAAAAAAGGUCUGAUUUUAAUGAUGAAAACUAGCUUUUAAGUUCUUCCAUUGACAUCGAAACGAAGACAAGAAACGUGUCAAUUCCAUAUUAAAAUUUAGAAAUUUUUUUGAAAAAUUUCCUUUUCAAUUCUUUCUUAUAUUUAUUAAAAACUGCGUUAUGAUUAAUUCUUUGCAUUUACAAAAUUUGAUUAAAAAUGUCUGGCAUGGAAAAAAUGUACAAAAAAAAACUAUUGUAAAUCAAAUAUGUACCAUAAUUGUAGACAAAAAUUUACAAUUUAGAUUGUAAAGUGUACAGUAGAGAAUUAUAAAAAAAGGAUUGUAAAUAUUUAUUUAAUAUAAAUAGUAUACAUAACGAUUGUUGUACUAAGUACGAUACGGAUUGUAAAUUAUGUUCAUUGUUCUUCGUGUAAAAUUUGCUUCGUUUAAAUUGUAAAGUUUCUUUCUUCAAAUACUCUCUUUCUCUCUCUAAAUUCAAAUUAGUUAAAAUUUGUAUAAUUUGUUGGCAAAAUGUCAAUCGUCUAUUCAAAUAGUGAUAGUUCUGUUAAUUCAGCUAAAGAAUUUUUGCUUUCGGAAAAAAAAUUUUCUACUUUUUUUUUUUACAAAUAUAUAGUAAUUUUUACUACUUUAUUGGUAAAAUUUACUAAUUCAAAAACAAACAGUCAUUUA